UCCCGGUCCAGCCCGCGCAUUUUCUCUGAUGCGCUCUGUCGGGAAUCUGCGGGUCUCCUACGCGUCGCGCCCCCUGCGUUCAGUUUUCCGCCCGAACCUGCAUUUUAGGUGUUUUCUUCCUCACGCUUUGUCUAUUUGGCGCGCCGACACCGCGCGUUUCGCGUCGAUUUUGAGCGAUGUUUUCUAGAGGGCGGAGGUGCAAGGUCGAGUUCGAAGUGAAGGUCGAGAGGGCAGAGGGCUUGCCCUCGGACCUCAAGGGCAAGUCGUUUUACGUCGCCCUGAAACGCGGGCAAGAGUACUCAGGUCACUCUCCGCUGAUGGUCUCGAAGGACUCCGAGAUGAGCGUUGGCCACUCUUUUAAGUUCACGUCGUACUUGGACUGGGCGGAGAAGGCGAAGGGGACGUUUUUGCCGAAGGAGCUGAAGUUCAAGGUUGUCGCGAAGCGCAAGCGCUUUUUGGAGGCGAAGGUGGCCGAGGCGAAGUUUGACUUGUCCAAGCUCGUGAGCAUUGGCGGCGCCAGGAGAGAGGAGGGGAAGCAGCGCAUUAGGUGUUGCGGGAAGAAAGACACGUGUAUUGUGUUGGUGGUGACAUUUAAUGCGAAGGUUUUGAAAAUAGACGGCAAGGUCUUGAAAAAGGUGCCUAGGGUGCCCGAGGAAGGGGGCGGGACGUCGUCUGGAGAUGGGGGCGCGGACGUGGAGGCGUCGCAGGUUGGCAGGGAGCCGCAGAGGGAGAGGCAGUUUGUGAGGGUGAACGACGAGAGUUAUUGUUUGGAGACAGAUUUAGAGAUGAGCGAGCAGCAGGUGAGGUCGCUGGAUGAUUCGUUGAGCGAGAGCGUCUUGAGUUUGAGGGAGUUGGGGGAGGACGAAUUGUCGGAGUCAGAGCCAAUUUUGCGGUUAGAGAAGGGGAAGCGAGGGGAGUCGGGUGUUGACGAGGUGGAGGAGUCGAGUCACGCAGAGCGUGACCACAGGAGCGAAGAAGAAGCGAAGCAAGACCCGCCGAGUGGUCACGAGAACAGCGUGAGCGGUGAAGCUGAGCUCGGACGACUGCAAGGUCGUCGGCGUUCGAAUGAGGGCGCGGAGAGGUGGUUAGAGGAAAGCGCGCCUCAGAGCAAGGUGGGUGAUGAGGUGGCGAAGUUGUCGCUGUCGAGCGACACGGCGCCUUGGGGAGGCGGCAAGGAGAAGUUUAGGGGUUUGCACGAAAGUGACGAUGUGGUGCAGAAGUUGAAGCAGGAAGAGGCCAAAAGAAGGCGGCUUAGCGCGGAUUUGAGGAGCCUUGAUAGCGAAUCGGCUGACAGGUAUGACCAAGUUUGCGCGAAUUCUUUUGGAACAGAGGACUUGGGGAAGGGCGAAAACGCCAAGAAGAAGAAGAAGGGCGCGCUGAAGAGGUUGGGACUUCACUUUUUGUCGAAAGAGAAGUCCAAGAGCUUGAAAUCGGAUCACUCUUCAGAAAAGCCGGUGUUUGACAAACCGGCUCGCGAGGACGCGUCGACGCACCCCAACUCGACGAGGAGUUCGAGGCACUCGUUGAAGAAGUUCGACGAAAGUGAUGCGGAGAAGAGCAAGGUGGAUUCGAGUAGCAUGUCCACGUCUGAGGGUCAGGAGAGUCGCAGUGGGUCUUAUUCGAAGGAGGAUGAGUUGGCAGAAAAGAGUCACGAGUCAUCUUCGACGGAUAAGGACGCGAGGCGCUCGAGCCGCAAGCUGACGUCCAGGCCGAGGAGCGAGAAGGGCGCGAGGGACAGCUUGAAGAAGGGGCGGAAGGAAGAGGAUUUGGAGGAACCGUCGAGAGAUAAGGGCAAGCCUGAUGCGCGGAUGCGGAGGAUCACGUUGGAUCGCAAUUCGCUUGAUGAUGGCGAGUUGAGUUAUAAGACGUCGGACGACAUUGGGGAAUCUGUCUCGC